UGAACACAACAUCUAGCAACUGCUGUGUCUUUGGUGGGGGUCUGUUUAAAACUUUGUCUCCAAUAAUUUGCAUUGAAUUCAUCCUGGGAAUGAUAGGCAAUGGUGUGGCUCUCUGGAUCUUCUGCUUUUGCCUAAAACCUUGGAAAAGCAGCACCGUCUUCCUCUUCAAUCUUGCCCUUGCUGACUUUCUCCUGAACGUGAUCCUGCCUUUCCGUGCCAGCUACUACCUGAUGGGGAGAGACUGGAUCUUCGGGGAUAUCUUCUGCCGCAUCUCCCUCUUCAUGCUGGCCAUGAACCGCUGUGGCAGCAUCCUGUUCCUGACAGCAGUGGCUGUAGACCGGUUCCUGCGGGUGGUUCACCCACACCACCCUCUCAAUUCGAUGUCUGUCCGAAAGACCGUGGGUGCUGCCUGUGCGAUCUGGGCGCUGACCAUCUCCCAGACAGCCCACCUGGUAUUCGACAUGCACAUCACCCCUAGUGGGAACUCAACCCAGUGCGAGAGCUUCCAGAUUUGCGAAAAAUCCACUUUUUAUUUUACCUGGCACAAGUCUAUCUUCGUCUUCUCCUUUUACCUGCCUCUGGCCAUAAUCCUGUUCUGCACCAUCCGGAUCAUCACACAGCUGAAGAACAGGCAGAUGGACAAGGACCAAAGGAUCAGGAGGACACUUCGCUUCAUCAUUGUGGUAGUAGUGGUGUUUUUCUUAUGCUUCUUUCCCAGCAACCUGACCCAGGUGGUCAUCUGGAUCAAAGUCACCUUCUACCCUGGAAACUGUGAAGACUACAUGGUCCUGCAAACACUCUUUUUCUACACAAUCAGCUUGACUUACCUCAACAGCACAUUAGAUCCCAUUGUCUACUAUUUCUACAGCCCGAUAUUCAAGAAGAUCUGCCAGAAGCAGUUGAAGCGGCUGUGGAAGAAAGCAGAGGUACCUGCAGAGGAAGAUCAAACGCGAGACACAGGCUCUCAGACACUUACUCAGCUGUGAGGAGUUAAGCAGGACUGUUUUAGCAUGCUAGCACACUCGUCAGUUCAUAUCAGAUGGUUUUCGUCACAUUUGCAUUUCAGCUUCUAUGAUCUUGUACGAAACAAAGCAAUCAUAAACAUACAUGGUUUAGGGACUAAAUUUUAUACAACUUAAAGCAGAGGUACCUGCAGAGGAAGAUCAAACACGAGACAUGGACUCUCAGACACUUACUCAGCUGUGAGAAGUUUGGCUGGAUGGUAUGCCAUGACCCUGAACAAGUGGUUACAAGACGAAUGGUGUUUUUGUUUCACUUACCAGUUUCACCCAGUGCACCAGGAGGAUCAAAGGACCACAUAAUUUGUAAAUAUUAGGAAUUGAAGUUUUUAUUUCAUGCCAGAAAUUUACAAAACUGUGGAAUUUUUGCUGUCAAGGAGAGUGUCCAGUUAUAUUUGUACUUUAUGCAUUUUGUUUCUGUUAAAAACCUAGUCAAACAAUUGUAGGAACUGUAUGUAAUGAGGUGUAGUUUACUGCAGGUGUAUGGUUUAAAUUAAAAUGUUUAAAAUACUGAGGCAUUUAAGCUGAAAGUUUGAGUGUGAAAGGCUAACUUUCUAUUUAAGGAGCAUGGGUUCAUUUGGUAGUUGGCUGGCUGUGGACGUAGCCUGAAUCCCAGUGUCAUAUGUGGAAUGUACUGUUUGCCUAGU